GUCUGUCAUGGCCACACAAGGCAAACUCAACCAAUGCCUUCUUCGAGAAAGAUCACUCUCGAAGAUGCGGCGGUCGUUCUUUCCCAACUGCUCCAUAUCCAGUUCUGGCAAGCGAAUCGGCAACCAGACGAUCUGGCUUUAAUCGCGUCAUGUACGCAGCUGCUUGAAGCAAAACCUGCGCUCCAUUCGCUACUGAAGCUUGCUCAUGGCCAAAACGAAACCAAUUACGCCUCGAUAACUGAUUCGCCUUUAUUUCCGGCAUUCGUCUCUGCUGCCGCUCAAGCUGCUUUAAGGGAUACCGGUGAGAAACUCGAGAACGCCCUUGCCAGGGAGUCGCAUUUACCUUCUUGGGAACCACGCAUAUCCGCGUCUAGUCCCAUUUACAGUGAUACCGACGUCCGCAAGCAUCUGGCCUCCCUUGGACUGAGGAAAACGUCGGAAUUCACCACAGACAUGUCCAUUAUUCUGCACGAUUUGGGCGGGUUUGAACAUGAUCCACCAUUGCGAGCCCGCGUAACUAGACUUUUCACGCCAAGAAACAAGUUUCUUGUGAAUGCUUCUGGCACCGGAAAAACGAGGCUUUGUUACGAAGGACUGUGUACAAAUUGGGGUUUGUACUUUACCCUCCACGUUGAUUCUGGUUGGCUGGGAAGCCAUGACAUUCAGUCAAAGCUCGAAGGCCUCCUGGAGUACCAUAGAAACCGUCAUUCCAUUGAAGACUCGCAACCUCCUGAACAGACCACGCUUCUCGCCAGUCGAUGGUUUGGGGUCCUUCUGCUUUGCCGACUUCUCAUCCUUCAACAAUUUCUCGAAAUAGUAUCCAGUGAUGCCGGCGGUAUACAUACGGAGCAUAAAUUGCGAUGGUUGGAGUUGCAACUUGCGCCACCCCAGUUCAAAGCUGGGGCCCAAGAUGUAUUUACCAGAGUGGGAAAUGCGCUGGAGGAGCAUAGCAAUGAUAUGGCCAACCUCCAGUCCGACAUCGACGAUGCACUGCGCAAAAUUCGGCAUGUCAUUGGCCAUGAUUCCCCCAUGUUCAUCGUCAUUGAUGAAGCUCAAGUUGGUCUCGAUCCCAAAAGCUGGCAACUUCUGACCCGCGGCGCCUGCACCUUUAUCUGCGCCGGCAUCAAGAUUCCUCCCUCCAUCGUCGCUGGAGGAAUCGGUGACGGCUUUGAGUGGACGUCAGACACGGGCGAGUUUGACGACCCUGAUGCUCACGAGCGAUAUAUCGAGAAAUUUUUACCUCCGGCUCUUCGAGACUCGUCGUCGGGCCAUUUGCUUGGUUCUCGCCUGUGGCGUUGGUGUCGCGGACGACAUCGGUUCACCGACAAGUUUUUGUCUAUCCUGUUAACCAAUGGGCUUCAAUUCCCGCAUACCACUUUGUCUCAGUUCAUCGAGGCGGGAACGGGGCUCCGACCGCUCGAUGCAGUACAAGUGUGCCAUGAAGAAGCCCACCCGCAACCAAGGCAUUGGUCGUUCAGCUUUGGCACACCAACAUUCCAAACGCUUCCUCCAGACGACAAGAAUCAUGUGCUCUCCGUUCUGUACCGCUUAAUGGGGACCCACCAGACCAAUAAGUUCGAUGUUCAACGCAUUGACCUUGUUUACAAAGGCCACGGGCGUUUCAUCGAUGCAAAUAUGUCGCAGAUUGCUUUCGAUGAGCCUUCAAUCCUGGUCCUCGCUGCUCGCCAGCUCUUCCCAGCGCCCGUUCAACCGAUUGAAGGAAGACCCAACAAUCGGCCAUCAACGUUCAUAUCAAGCUUGCAGUUAAAUCCUCCCAAGACCCGGCAGGACAUUGCACAUUGCCUUGCGUUCUAUCUCUCUCAAGUACUCGGACGACAGCAAUUGCUCACCGAGAUUCUCGACUUUCCGCACUCUACUCCUGUGUGGGCUCGCCAAACCGCACAGCUCGUCCGCUUCCAUUUGAACGACUCCGGAGAAUCCGAGCACUCGAUGGUUGACUCUGACAUAUUCAGAUCUCUGCUACCCCUUGCCACAGAAACAAGCUCGUUAGAAGAAACAACCGAAUGGAUUGAACAUAAAUACGGCACUACAUUUUGCAUCUCUUCGUCUCCUAACUUGGACUUGCUGUGUGCAGUUCGGUUGGAAGAUGGGUCAUUCAUUUGGCUUGCUAUUAAGACACUUGCAGCCGAUGAACAUGUGACUGACGAAAUCCUAAAACCAAUGGUGUCGCUUCUCGAUAUUGACAAUGUAUUCCUUGAGGAGGAUGUUGUUGACUCUACAUCCGUCCGCCAAGCGAUCAAUGCUCUUCGUUCUUUACCUGGAGUCAAGAAACAACGGCCUGUUUUUCUUCGCGCUUUCACAGCAUUCCCCAACGAAAUCGACUUGAGUAACUGCGUCGACAAGCGCCGUCGCGAUUGUGCCAACGUCAGUUUCCGCGCGCUCAGACGCAGCAAGCACCAGGUUAUGCAAGAGGACUUUUUCGACGCCAUCAUCAACGGAGCGAUUGCUGGUACCAAGCGCAAGUCGCAAUGGGACAAUGGGUCGCUGCAUGAGAACCGGAAGCGGUCAAAAAUGCUAGAGAUGGACUUGAUAUAUGCGUCGAAGAGGGAUUAUGUACUUAGCCGCGAGCCUGACCCGCAGGUAUGGUGGGACAUGGCAGGGGAGGAGCUGUCCGAAGAGUCUGAAUCCAGUUUUGAUUUUGACUCCGAUCCCGACACCGACACCGAUACCGAUUCUGAUUCGCCUUCGACAUCCCCUCGGCUCGGAGCUAGUAAAUCACCACCAUCACCACCCAACCCCAAGUCGCAACAGAAGAGAAAGCUAGCAGCAAUCUCUGAAGCCGAAUCUGCAAGCGCAACCCGCAAGCGAAAGCGUUAUUAUCAUUAG